GGUGUAUGUUGUAAUGGCUUGAUUUCUGCUGCAAUUUACCAACUAAAAGGAUGAAAAGGCGCCAGGAAAUUGUCAUCAAUGCUGACCGCAUUAAGAGGUUGUGCCAGUAUGAGGAUGUAUCAGUGAGGCACAUCCAUGAGUAUUUCAAAGAUGAUCUGACCUAUAUAUUGGAAAAUGUCAACGCGCAUGCCCUCCUGACCGAACUGCAUUCUCGGAAUGUACUAAAUGCAGAAAUCUAUUUGUCAAUCAAAAAUGAACUUGGGGAUGCUUCCUUUGCUAACCGUUUGUUAGAAGAUAUUUUGAGAUUGGGAAGAAAUGCUGUGAUUGGAUUUUGGGAAUGUCUCUACACGCUACCAAAAGAACAUCUUCAUCCUCACCUAUUGGCAGUUCUGGAUGAACUCAAUCAGAAAGGUGACUCACUGGUGGAGCAGAUUCUGCUAGAUAAACAUGGACACACGCUAUCUCCAGAGCUGAAAGAAAUUCAGGAAAAACACAAACAACAUUUGCUGACAAAAACUCAGACUCUGGUGGAGCCUAGACCGCCAGGAACCACCCUGGGACCACAGAAAUUCAACAUCAAUGAGCGUUAUGUAAACCUGGUUGUUUUUUCCACUGACCAGUUCAGACAGCGUUCCCAGAAUGAGCUAAUAGAGACCGGGGCGAAACAUGAGGAAUGCUUGAAGGAGACUAGAAUGGAGUACAUUUCCCCCAACAAGUUAUUCCGCUGGAGUCAAAAGUCACAAUGCAUACCACAUGCAGUUAUAGUGAGUGGGGUGCCAGGAAUAGGGAAGACCACAAUGAUGCAGAAGUUUGUCUAUGACUGGGUGACAGGAGAACUCUACCAAAGGUUUGCCUUUGUCUUUUUCUUCAAAUUCCGGGAGCUUAAUAAAAAGCCUGAAGUCAGUUUGGAGGAGAUGAUUCUUGAACAAUAUCCGUAUCUGGAGAACCAGCUUGGCAGUAUUUUAGAACAUCCCGAGAGACUUUUGUUUAUCUUUGAUGGCCUGGAUGAAAGUAUUGACCAAAUGGAUUUCAGAUCCAGCAAAUUGUGCACUAAUACUAAAGAUCAAAAACAUUUUGGUGUCAUUGCAGUCAACUUGGUAAGGCAGAAGCUUCUUCAGGGUUGCUCUGUACUGAUAACCAGCCGCCCAACCAGACUGGUAUCAGUUGACAUUUCUGCUUUCCAAAGGAUAACAGAGAUCAUGGGAUUCCUGCACACCAACAGAAAGAUCUACUUUGAACAUUUCUUUGACAAAGAGGAAUUCUCAGAAAAGGCUUUUCAUUAUGUGCAGGAGAACCCUAUGCUCUACACAUUCUGCUAUAUCCCAUCAUACUGCUGGAUUGUCUGUACAGUGCUAUCGAUGUGCUUCAGAGCCCAGCCAACAAAUAACGACAAGCUGAUGGCUUCCUUGCCCAAAACAAUGACUCAACUCUUUGUUAUUUUUGUCUCCAACAUUCUAACCAAUCACAGCCCAAAAAGAGAUGAUGUGUGCUUAACCCGGGACCUGCUGUCCUCUGUUGGGUGGAUGGCAGAACACGGAGUCAUGAAUCACAUCAUUGUUUUUGAUGAACGUCACCUGAGGUCCUUCAAAGUGAAAAAUGAUAGUCAUCUCUUUUCAAGUUUCAUGUUGGAAUCUGGUCAGCCUCCAGCAGUGGAUUAUACCUUCUUACAUCUCACCGUUCAGGAGUUCUUUGCAGCAUUCGUUCAUUUCAUUAGCUAUGAUCCUGAUAAAUUACUAGAGUCACUCAAUAGGGCUAAAUCUUACAAAGAUGGUCGUGCUGAAAUAUUUAUUCGUUUUCUCUGUGGUCUGUCCGACAAUUCAACUAGAUCGAUGUUGAAGUCUCACGUGAAAUAUCUGUCUACGCAGGCUUCCCGAGAUGUCAUCAACUGGAUUCAGCAAAAAAUUGCUGAAGAACAAAGAGACAAGAAAGAGCUCCUCAAUUCAUUCUACUGUCUCCAUGAGAGCAGGAAUAAUGCUCUGGUGUUAAAAUGCAUUGGAUCCAAAAAUGAUACUUCUUUCUCAUUUGUCCACCUUAACCCUCUUGACUGCUCUGUGCUGUCAUUUAUUCUUGAGUCUCGCAGAGAGACGGAAGAGUUAAAUCUAGGUACAUGUUACAUUCAGGAUGAGGGGUUGAAGAAACUUGUACCAGCUCUCCACACCAUCCAAAAUUUGAGUCUGUAUCAUAAUAACCUGACAAACAGUUCCUGUACCCACCUGGCAUCUGGAAUACAAAAUAACCAGACCAUGAGAAAACUUGACCUAACUAUGAACAAUCUGGAGGGUCCUGAUUUCUGUCACCUGAUGACAUCUGUACAAACCAGCCAGAUAGAAGAAUUACUUUUGAGAAGUAAUAACCUGACGGACCAGUCCUGUGUCUACCUGGCUUGUGGAAUAAGAAACAACAAGACACUGAGGAAACUUCACCUGUCCGGUAACAAUCUGGAGGGUCCCCACUUCGGGGAUCUGAUGAAGGCUUUACUAACAAGCCGGAUAGAGGAGUUACAUUUGCAAUAUAGCAAAUUGACAGACAAUUCCUGUAUCCACCUGGCAUCUGGAAUAAGUAAUAAUCAGACCCUGAGGAAAUUUGACCUAUCUCAAAACAACCUUGCCGGACCUCAUUUCACUGAUCUGGUGACAGCUCUGGAAACAAGCAGGAUUGAGGAAUUACUACUGUAUGAAAUUGGGCUGACAGAUGAACAUUCACCAUUACUGGUGUCGCUGAGUAACAACAGGAACCUAACACACCUGGAUCUGAGUUGUAAUGGAAUUUCUGAUAAUGCUUCUGGUCAUAUCCGGGAUCUUAUUGUGAACACAUCCAGCCUGAAAGAAAUUCGUCUCUUCUCUGACCACAUGUCUCAUACAGUAAGAAGGGAACUUAAAAAUCUAGAAAAUCUUCGCCCAGAACUGAAGGUUCACAUAGAAUGAACCUGAAGAAAAAGCUGAGAAUGGAGCCAGGACAUUGCACUGAACCACGACAAAGAGAACCUUAUUUCAAAGGAGCAACCGCAAAAAGGGCAAAUUGUCAUCAUUGGUGAAUUCAUACCCUCAAGGAAAUUGUUACAUUAGUAAAACAUUUGUGGACGUAAAAGAGACAUAAAGGGCCAGAUUCUCGUAGAAUGCCGUAUCUUUGCGGUGG